UCUUAGACCGCACAGAAUAUCAGGCGGCCGCCCCCGCGUUCCCGUCAACGCCCAUACGCCCACGCCAGGCGCACCUACUUGUACUGGGCGCGUCCAGGUUGCCACGGCAGGGAACCCGCGCGAAGGAGGGAACCAGGUUCCAAGACAGACCACCACAAGGCCGAUCGCCCUUUUCUGUCCGCCUGAACCUUCUCUACGGCUCGGGACCCCGCCACACGAAGCUUCUCUUCUCUGCUGUUGUCCUGUGGUCCGCUUCGUUUCGUAAAGUAUUUACGUCCCGCAUUCGCUCCCCGAGUACAGUACGACCCGCGCGACUCGCGACCCAAGCAAGCCAAGAUGAGCACAGAGCUGACCCCCGCGCAGCUCGCCACCACUGCGGAACAUCUACUGGCAGCGAAGAUGUUCUCUCUGGCUUCGUGCGUGAUGCUGUUCUACGACAUCACGAUCACCUUCGGGGACGAGGUGGAAAGGAUAUGGAAGCAGCGGUUCACGGGCGCGACCGUCCUUUGGUUCCUCAAUCGCUACUUGUCGCCUCUCGGCUACAUUGUCAUCAUUGUCUCUUUCCAAGAUCCUAACUGGUCCAAGGCCGCCUGCCAACACUACGUCCUCUAUCCCGAGGUCCUCAAGGUCUUCACCACAACCGCUGUCGGCAUCAUCUUCAUCCUACGGUUAUACUCUAUCUACGCAAAGAGCAAUACCGUCCUGUAUGGGUUCACUACUCUCCUCGCUUUGGAGCUUGCUGUCAAAAUUUGGGCAUUCACGGAUGGAACCAUGCUUCAGCUCCCACCAGGUUUCGUCGGCUGCAUCUUGACAGGACGCUCAGCACCGGGCGACCGACUCAUCUACACCUGGGUGGCCGAGCUUGUUUUCGACUCGUGCGUGUUCUUCGCAACGCUGUAUCGUACGAUUCAGCUGUACAGGCGGACGGUCUUUGGGGAGGCCCGCUCGCUCAUUACGGUGGUCAUGCGUGAUGGAAUCAUGUACUUCGCGGCCAUCUUCUUCUCAAAUUUGGUGACCGUCUUGAUUUUCAUCUUCGCCCCGAACGACCUCAAGGUCAUCAAUGCGUCCUUCAGCACUCUUAUCACCAGCUUGAUGGUCUCCCGCCUCAUGCUCAACCUACGGGGUGAGGUGCUCCGACGAGGCCCAGUCAUGUCAAGCCAUCAUUCUGCGACCGGGAUCGUGCGAGACAACGGCGCCCAGUCGUACCAGAUGAGCUCUCGCGAAUUCUCGAAGCCCGAGGCGGGAUGGACGUCAUUCACGUCGUCUAUCGUCGGCAACCUCGGUGCUCCCGUCAUCACGUUCGAGGCGGACAACAGUACGGAUUACGAAGACCUCAACGACGACGACCUUGAUUCCGGAAACUCAUCCAAGUCUCACGACGCCCUCUCGCCCCGUUCGCCCAGGUCUCCAUAUAGCGCUUCUCCACCUUCGUACCAUCCUUAUCCCCCUUCGCCCGUUUCCCCGCACACGGCGGACCCGCUACGCCACAACUACGACGAUCAUUACAGCCACUCACGAUACCACACCGAAAGCUCCGACGACACGAUGGGCUGGACGAUAGUCUCCAUGACCGACCGGAUCGUCGACCCGCCCUCCGCGCUCUCCUCGCCCUCCUACCCGCUCCCGCUCCGCCCCAGCACCAGCCCCGGCUCCAGCCCCCGCACGGUCUCCCGCCAGCCCUCCGCGGAGUCCUCUGGGGGCUCGGGCUCGGGCUCGUCCGCGUCGGCGCUCACCGCGCUCCCCCCGCGCAAGGCGCGGCUGGCGGGGAUGAAGUCCCUGCGGCGCCCGCGCACGAGCGAGAGCGAGAUGUCGGACCGGGACGUGGUGGAGAUGAUGCAGACGCGCUCGUUGCCCGCGCCGCUCGUCGUGCAGGUGACGGAGGAGGUCGUGGUCGAGGAGAUGGCGGGCCCAAGCGGGGCGGAGGAGACGAGCCCCAGGAGCCCGUCGGGCAGGACGCGGCGGCCGUGGCUCGCGCCGCCGUCGUGGAAGCUCAGUCGGGAUGGGCACUACGAGGAGGGAUAGGAGUGUGCGCGUCGGGGAGAGCACGUGGAGUCCUCCCUCGGCUUUCAGACUCGGGGCCUGCGGACGAUGUAGGCCGGAUCUGCGCCUGGAUCUGUAUUCCUUCGUUGCUGCUGUUGUCGCCGUCGUUGUUGUUGUAGCUACUACUUAUCCCAUCGCUAAUUCAUACCCUGCAAGCUGUCUU